CGUGCGUCGGUGGCGCGAUGGCGUCCAACACGGCCGAACCGGCGGCGACCGCCGCCACCACCACCGUGACGAUGGCCGAACUUCCCCGCGGAGCCGCCGUGUGCGCAACUCUUCCGGACCUCCUCUACCUACCUGAACUGGUUUUCGGGGGUCUGGUGUGGAUCCUGGUGGCGUGCACGCUGGUGCUUCCGGAGAACCCGCUGGGCUGGCUCAUGUUCGUCAGCGUCUUCUGCUUCGUCGCCACGUUUUUGUGGAGCGUCCUGUUCUUGUGCGGCUGUCAUUCCAACAAAAGCCGCUGGGCGGCGGCAGACUUUGCGUAUCACUUGACGGCCGCCGUUUUCUACCUCAGCGCCUCCGUGACCUUGGCAAAGGUCACGUUGGACAUCCGGCAGGGCGGAAACUUCCAGAACUACCAGUUGGACGUAUCUGCUGUGGUGUUCUCGUACGUGGCCACGCUGCUGUACUUCGCGCACACCAUCUUGUCGGCCAUGCGCUGGAAGACCUUCUAGAACAUUUUCAUCUGCCCGUCACACACACACACACACAGACACUUUUAGCAUGGAGGGGCGGAGCAAUUUUUUUUUUUUACUAUCCACAUUUAACUCAUUUGACAUUGUUCAUUCUCGACUUUGACAUUUGUACUGCUGUCGUAUCCUGGCCUUAUUUAAAAUAUUCCUUUUUUUUUUUCCUAUUUCGCAUUGCUUAUUUAUGACAUUUUUGCACACAUUUCUUCAUGAUUUUGAUCUACCAUAUUUCCAAACGUCGGAAUAAAGAAUUGCGGAUUAAGUGGGCUGGGCCGAGACGUCGCCACUCUUCGCCGCGUAGCGUGGGCGGUCGCCUCGGUUACCAGGCGUCGGCGGCUCGAACGCCCCCCGCCUCCGAACCCGACACCGCACGUACGCAGAGCGAGCGCUCGGGUCGUCGUGAAUGGAGCGGGGACGCGUCUCCUUGACAACGUGGGAACAAAAGACAUUCGACGUGUGCUCAAAAAUGAUCACAGAACGCAUCAACGCGCAAAAUGUGAAUAAUGUUAUUAGCGCCUUAAUAUUAAAAACCGUCAAACUGUUUGGGAAGCUACGGCUUCACCUCUUCAUUGGUUUAAAGGAUGUUUCAUCUAUCUACAGUAUCUGUAUUUAUCCAUCCGUCCAUUUUCUUUGCCGCUUAUCCUCACAAGGGUCGCGGAAGCGCCGCAGCCUAUCCCGCCCGUUGUCGGGCGGCAGGCGGAACCGGUUGCCAGCCAAUCGCAGGUCACCAUUGGGCCGUCGGCCGCUCGUGGUUCGGUGAAGCUCCGGAGAGGCCUACAAG